CAUGUAUUGGAGCUCUUCGAUCUGCAGUGUAUAGAAGCUUCUUAAAAAAGAAGUUGGAAAUUUUCAAAAUCUAUAAAUAGACAAGCUGGAAAUUUCGAUACUAUUGAUUUAUUUAAAUAUCAGUUUCAUUAGUUGAGAUAGUUUCAUGGUAUUUAUUGAGAGAAAUCCAUCGUUAGCAAAAGGAUGUUGCUUAAACCACUGGAAAUUCGUUUUAGUCAAGAUUCCAUCGGGAGUAAAUUUGGCCGUUGUACGUCACAUCCUUUUAUACCCAUAGGAGAAACACUUGAUGAUAUUUUAUCUGGGCGUUGUAACUUUAACUCUAUACCUAAUAUUUCUGUGGUGGAAAGAAAUGGUCUUUGGUUCACAUCAGAUAACAGAAGAUUGUGGGUUUUUCAAGAGGCAGAGAAACGAGGAAAAUGUAGUGAAAUAUACGUCAGGGAGACAAGUUAUAUUAAUUACAGCAAAUUUACAACUACAAAUAAUGGCACUUCUAUAUAUGUUAGGGGAAAUCCGGGAGGUUUUCUAUGGAGGAGGAUGCCAGAAGUGAUCAGGAAACCGAUAGAGUCCCCAAGAAAACUUUUCAAUAUAUACCAGGAAUCUUCAAUGAGAACCUCUUCAAAUAUAAAUACCGGGAUAAGUCCUAGGCGAGUGGAUACAAGUCUUUUUUCAGAAAGUUAUACCUAUAGGCAACAAAACUCUGUAAGCACAGGUUUGGCAUAUAAGUCACCAAAAGUAGAGGAUUCGUCAGAAACAUCAUCAGAAACAUCAGAUUGCGAACAAAACUACACAGUGGAAGCCAUAGAUACAGAAACGACAUACCCAAAACCACAAGUGGACAAUUUAUCAGAAAAAUCAUCAGACAACGUCCAAAGUUACUCAGUGGAUGUCAGGAAACGAACUGUAGAGGAAAUGGAAGAUUGCUACAAUGAAUGUUCAAUUUCUCUGUCCACUUUGGAUGGUACUAUGAGAAAUAACCAUGAAAGAAAGUCAUCGUCGGCUUGUCCUUCACACAGUAUUUGCUUUGAAAAUCAAUAUUCAGGAACAUUUCCAAACCAUUUUUAUGCUACAUCAAUUGCAGAUGAUGAAAUCAACGAAAGUGUAGCUACAUCAGAAGAAAUAAGCGGGACAUUUGUGGAGAUGAAAACAGUUGAAGAAGACAAAACAAUCUCAGAAGACAUUAUUGUCAUGGAAGGUAACAAAAAUAUGGCUGACAUUGAGAAAGAAGAGCCGAUUGAGGAUAAGUAUGAAACUGUCUUGAUAAGAAGUAGGAUUUCUUCUUUAGAAGAAAGAAGGGAAAGUUUUGAAAAGACCAUAUCAGUUAUUGAAGACAGAGCGGUGUCAGAAGACAAAGUAAACAUGAAACACAGCAAGAAUAUAAAUCAUUAUGACAUAGUGAAAGAAUCGAUUAAUAACAUUAACAAAGAAACUGAGAGCCAAAAGAUAUUCACGAUUUCUUGUUCAGGAGAAGUUAAUCACGGAAAGGAGAGUGUCAUUGUGAACAUGGGGAAUGUGUCCAAAUUUCCAACAAAUAAGAAUAUGUCUACGAAGAAAAUUAUUUGUAUAUCAUUCAUUAUAAUAGCGCUGGUUAUAGCUAUAUUUUUAAUUGCAUACUUUCUCCCCUAA